GUUCGUCGGCUUGUCGACCGAACGCCACCAGCCAGUUGUUAUUCAGCUUUCGGUCGGUCGAGACGUGGAAAACGGGUUUUACGUGUGCUUUUUAUUCUGUUUGCGUUAUGCUUUGUAUGUUGGAAACAUUAGAGGUUCUUCUUGUUCUUCUCCGCUGCAGUGCUGGAUGAAUAAAGUGAACAAAAAAAAAUAAAAAAACGAGCCAGCAGAAGAGAACCAUUCAUCAGUUCGUGCUUUUGAAAGAGAACUAGCAAACUUUUGUGAAGCAGGACGACAAUCGAGUGCCCCAGAGGAACGGAGCUGGAGGAGGAAAGUGAUGUUUUGUGCAAUUUCCACUCCCUUCAAGUGAGUCCCUUCGCGUGUAGAGUGCCGUUUAUUUUGUGAUAUAACAAAAGGAUUAAUGAAUUUCGCUCCGAGAACAGAGUCGUGAAUUCCGAUAAUCAUUAAUCUCGGCUGAAGUAGAAGGGAGAGUGAUUCCCGUUCGGUGUGGUGUGCAAGUAAAAAGAAAGAAAAAAAGAAGACGGCAUUUUUCGACAUUGCAUUUACCGGAUUAAUGUGAAAGUUACUCGAAAAAAUUCGUGUGCCUAAAAGCGGGCAAAAAUUUCCAUCAGAAACACGGCUGCUGCAGAAACACUUUCGCGCAAACUGUUUGCGGAUUUUCUGUUUUAUCCAAAAGUGCAGAGUAAUGCGGCGGAAAUUGCUGGAAAAAUGCAGCGAGGAAUAAAAGGGGACUGAAUUCGUGUAGGUUAGUUGGACGACGGAGUGAAAAAGAAUAAGGAGAAAAAAAAAACACAAGAACCAGCUGAUACCGUGGCAACGAGACGAGCCAGAGAGACAGAAAGCGAAAGAGAGAGAGAGAAAGAGUGCGCCGCCAUAAGCUACUCGCUAGCACCGUUGUUUCCGUGACACCGGUGAGGAGGACGACCGAAGCCAGUAGUGCUCCUAGACCUCCAGUUCCGCAGAAACCGGCGGGCCGGCGACAAUGAUUGAUAUCUGAUGCACGAGUUGUUCAAACAACAGCACGGGACGUUCCGGAAAAUCAACCAGCGGUUCGCGUUGGUGUGCCCCCCGGCGUGAUUUCCGAAAGCAGGCAAGAAAAUCCAAAUUAGCUUCGAACGAGCGAGCGAAACCUCCGCGUGAAAAGCGGCUGAGUGCGGAGACGCAGGCGAAUAAAUGAUAAUGAAGGAGUGAGACCCGCGGAAUAAUCAGUGAAUUUGAGUGCGCGGAAAGUAUAGUUUGCCAACUAGUGAUUAGGGCCGAAAAUUUGGAUGGGAAGCAAUCAAUGUCCAGGGGGAAGAAGCGUGUGUUGUAGCGCCCGGUUGUGUGUGAGUGUGAUUGGUUUUUAGAUUGGUUUCCUGCAUUCGUCGGUUAGCACGGCGAGGCAGCGUACCGCGAGGUAAGCGAAAAAAAGAGAGAGCAAGCAAACGAUUGUCCUGCUGAACAAGAGACAGCCCUUCGUUUGUGGCAGAGUCCUGGGAGGGGUAAAUCGAGCAGAUAGGUGUUUUCUGUACGUGCUGAGAUUCGAACCGAAAGGCCAUAAAAAUUGCAUAAAUCUAAGCGCGUCCAAGAGUGGUGAUAUAAAUCAAAUAGUCUCAGGCUCGAAAAAAAUAAGGAUAACAAGCACACAAGGAGAAAUAAGUGCUGAAGGUAGAGAGAGUGUUGUUGAGAGAGUUGAGGUAAAAAAAAAACGAAAAAAGGAGGAUAUAAAAUUGAUAUUUAUUACCGCAGUGUCCAUAGCAGUAAAACUGCGGGGAUAUCGAAGAAAAGGAAGCUAACUGCUUUGUGGAGAUCCCGGUCUAGAGAGAACGACAAAAAGAGUGAGAUAUUGAGUACACUCACAUGUAUACAGGCAGGCAGGUUGCUAGAGUUGCUGGGGAAGUUAAUCCAACAUCGUGUGUAUAGCAAAGUGACGGAGUGAUCAAAUUAAGUGUAUAUUUUACCGAUAUUGAGUUUAUAACUUGAGCUCUUUGCGGAGAGAGAAAGAUAGUGGUACGAAGACAAGCAGGGCAACUGAGGACAACCGAACUGUUUCCAAGUAUGAUCGGAUACAUUAGCACUGCUGGCAUCGAUAACAAUCUUCAGCCCAAUAAAUACGUGUGCCGUGCCAAGGCAUGUUGGGGCCCACCGCCAAUGGUCGUUUAAUGGGACCUGCUGGCAUCGGUUCGUCCGCAACGACCGCUACAGUCUCACAGCAUCGAAACCUAUGGCCACCGGCAGCGGGCCGUUCCUUCGAGUUUCAACCGAAUGGCGAAGUGACAGAAUCGUUGUUUGCCGCAGGCGGCUAUAAUACACCCCCGGCUAGUUCGCCAUUCCUUUCCUGCUCACCGCUGGAACUAGUCACCAAAAACUAUCACAGUACCGGCGCAGCCGUCACAUUCAGUCAGGCCAAUAGCAGCAUAUUCGUACAAUCACAGACAGAUUUUAUCAAUGGAACCACAGCGGUUGCCAAAAAGACGGAAACCUGCAUCGGCAGGUGGGAGCACGGUACACUAGAGCCGCUGCAGAUCCAAGUACCUCCAGUACCAUCCGUAGCAAAUUUAACUGUAAAGACCGAAAAUAUUAGUUCCGGCAGUCAGAUAACUUACCAUAGCAAUAAUCUUAAUAAUCGUAACAAUGCUAGCAAUAAAUCAGACGGAUUAGAUCAGCGUCACCAUUAUCAACAUCACAACGUUCAACAAUUACAACAACAACAUCAACUACAUCCCAACAACUACCACCCAAGACUAGCUCAAUCCUUUAUAACCGGUACUUCUGCUCGCACUACGUUUCUGCGGCUGUCGGAACACCGUCCUCGCUAUCCGAUCGACAACGACAACCGAAACGGCAACAACCACCACCACAACAACAACAACAACAGCAGCAACCAGCAAGAAGACGCAACUACGCUUGAUCUGGUGCUGACGCCAACGACGACUACAAACACGGUGACCACUGCAACAGUAGCUCCGUCCUGUCUGUCAUCACCAUCGUUUGCUCUGAGCACCAUUAAUCAGCCCUUGGCCGGUCGAGAAGCAACGGUCGGCCAACAGCGUUCAUCUGACUGCAGCGUUAUUGUAGCGCCUCGUAGCAAUCGUCAGUAUCAACUCCAACGCGAGCAUCAACAAAAGUACUCCUCGAUAUCGACAUCCAGUAGCACCGGCUGUAGUAAAAGUACUAGUUACAGUAGCAGCUGGGGACCAUCCAACUCGGUGACAAUCGAGGCGUCCAAUCAACCCAGAAACCUUAACAGUACGGCGGCAUGUCCUGUCGUUCACAUUAAACGUGAACCGUGCCAAGUGUCCGAGGUAACCACAUCGAACAACUUCGAAGCCAGCACAACGGCACUGACUGCCGUUGUGAAGAUUGAAGCCCAAUCUCCGAAGGCCGUGGCCUGUUCGUCCAGUUGCGGAACCGCCGGGAGCACGAUGGACCAUAUCGGAAUCACCAGUACGCAGAACAAUGCGGCCACGAUUCCGGUCGGCAUUGCCGUCGCUCGCCAGCGGUUACAAGAGUCCACGACUGCUCCCACAUCGCAGCUCCAUCAAACCAAAGAUCUGAACCGGUUCGGUAUAGGAAUUGCUGCCACCGCAGCAGCGGCUACCGGAUCCACUGCUGAUUUAGGCUGCAGCACGCCGAGUCUGAGUCAGAACAUGUUUUUCGCAGGCACCAACUCCACCAUGAUACCCCUCGCGUCGGAGGCCGUUACGAUGGGCGUGACCAACGCGGCCGCUGCCGCAGCCGCCGCCGUCCAGAAUGCCGUUAGAACACCGCCCGCCCUGUGGCAGUAUCCUGGAGGCUGCCAUCAACAGCAGCAGCAGAAACAGCAACCGGCACAACAUCAACAACUGCAGCACCAACCGCAAAUUCCACCGCAGAUGGCACUGAUGGGCUCGACAGGUUCGGAGAAAAAGCUUCUCGGCUAUCUGGUACUGGAUCGGUUCGUUUCGCCCGAAGAGGAAGCUGCUGCCACUAUCAAGAAAGCUCCCGUUCCGAUGGAAUCAAUGCUUUCAAUGCCUCCGAUUCCACCCGUGGGAUUCCAACUGGUGCGCGAUCCCAGCACCGGACAGAUUCUAUUCCUGCCCACAACAACGACGAUCGCCAACACUCCCAGCUUUCUAGAUAAAAUCUAUAUUUCUUGUGUAGAACCAUUUCAACAGACGGUGGUGUGGCCAUCAUAUCCCCAAACGACGACUGCGAUACAGCCACCGCAUCUGUUGCUGCCACAGAUAACGCAGCAACAGCUUCAGCCGCCACCGCUGGCACCACUGCAAAUGCUCAGUUCCGACUAUCUGACAACCGCCAGCAGUACGACUUUGCAUCAGCAGCAGCAUACUCAAACACAUCACAGUACAAGAUAUGUGGCAGUGACUUCCGAUGGAAACAAGCGAUCCUCCGGUAGCAACAAGCAAUCGAUCGGAAACCUUUCAGCACCAUGUCAGCCGUCCAUUCCAAUGCCAAUCCCCUCACAUACCUUUAUAAAAAUCGAAGAUUGCAGUGGCUCUACAACAUCCGGUUGCCAGAAUUCCACUCAACUCUUUCAUGAUCAGGAGAAAACCAUUCAAACGGCAACGAUUGCCACUUCUCCAGACAUUGCCCCCCAGCUGUUGUUCCAACAGGGUAAUCUUAUACAGAUUACGCCUUCGAAUAAAAAUGCCACCACUUUGAUCGAGCAUUCGGCAAUUCUGCCUGCAAUAGCCGCAGCCAACCCCAUCACACCUCCUCCGUCAACCGUAUCCGCCGCAAUUGCUCCGAGUCCCCAACAACCGGAGCUUCCGAUGACCACUUGUCUAACUCCUCCGCCCGAUCAGUCCCUGUCGCACGGUGAGGAAGCUGAAGAGGCGUCAUCGAGUUGCGUUGGUCCCGAGGUUCAGGAUGCCAACAUUCAAACCGACACACCAGUAAUGAGCGAAGAUGACAACACGAACGGAGCGGACGAUGUCCCCCAGCAGCAGGACGCUUCCACACUAACGGUUGCGACCUCUCACACCGAGGAAGCACCUUUCUCCGAUUCAUUCAUAUCACCAUCGAUUGCGCCCGCUAGCGUUGCUCCACCGCUGUCAACGUCAACGUCGGAAGUGCUCUGUCAAAGCAUCAUCAACAGCAGUGCAGACUCCGCGAUUGAGCCAGACAUGUCAACUCAUUCCUCGUCAGCUGUCAGCUUGAAUAUCAGCAACACGAGCACCGUCAACUGUGAUCAAAUGGAUAUGGAAGUCGAAAAUAGCUCCGCCAACUCUGCGACGAUUCCUGCAGUGGACUCUGCUUCGACGGCUGAAUCCCAGACAGAAGCACUCACGGUAAACGCCAGCUUCGGCACCCUCAGAAUACCCAAGCAAGAAAUGCUAUCCCCGGUGGAAAAUACGCCACCUCAGGAACCAGAAGAAACCAGCCCCAAGCAACAGAAUCUCUACCCCCAACAGGAACACCCGGUAGAUCUCAGUGGACUGGAGCUACUCUCUCGAAGCAUAGAAGUCUUCCAGAAAAAAGCUUCGAUGAUCAAAAAAGAACCCAUCUCACCACAGCUUCCUCCCGAGCCCAUGCAAUUGAUCCCCCUAUCCCCGCUGGUCCCAUGUGAAUCCGAAGCUGAUCGAAGGCCCAGCAUUCACGAAAACGUUCAGCAGCUGCAUCAAGCCCCACCAUCCCCACCACCUUCCGUUAAUGUUCCACCUAUCCAAACACCCGUACCCGUCGCAGAAACCUUCAUUGGCAAUGACGAACCGAUGGUUGGCUUGAAUCUGCUUUGCGCUUUAGCUGAACAACGCUUCCAGGAGGAAGCCAUGUUCAAGAAAGACUCUCCAGCAACAAACUUCUCCCCCGAAAUGUCUCCGGUCGAUGGAAAACCCAGUAACACCGAGUCUUCCCCACCUCAGCAGCUGGCUAGCCCGGAGGUGUCGGCCCGCAAACGUAAACACAAACAUUCCAAGGACUCGAAAAAGUCCAGCAAAAAGUCGAAGCACGACCGGGAGCAAAGGCGCGAACGCAAACGCAAACACAGCUCCGAUGCGAACGGGGAUGACGAGAUGGAAGGUGUGCUAAGGGAGAGUUUUUCGCGAAUACGGGCGAAGCUGGAAAAGUGCAACUGCAAGGAUGCCGACGAGAAGGAUCAUCGUUGCUGCAGACCUAGCUGGCCUUCGCCGAAUGAGUUGUUUAGUGUGAUUGAGUCCGAUAUGAAGGAGAGGUUGGUAAAUAUUACACGACAAUGCGAGGAAAAAAAGCGAGAAUUGGAACAGAUGGGAACCACAUCGGUAGCAAAAGUUAAACCGCUCACAGCUAUGGUACGGAUACCCGAUAUCGGCAAAUCCUAUUUCGGUGGCUUUAGCGCUAACAGCGGGCUACUGAACGGUAGCUCAACUAGCAAUGGAACCAACGCUCCAACAUUGUCAGCACCAAAACUAAGCACCAUACCCGCACUGUCUCCAAACUUUUCGUCAUCUUCCAAUUCGACGUUUGUGGAACUUCCCAAACUGAGCUCCGAUACGGAUUCCGGCAAACUCGAAGAUGGAGACUCAAGUUCAAUCGAACGACUGUCGGCUUCCAAACGAAAGGGUGGCGUUCCGAAGAAACAUGAUGAGAUUGCUCUGACCGAAACGAUUGUGGCCAAGAAACCAAAAAGUUUAGUAGGCUACAUACUGGCUUCGAAGAAUCGGCAAGCCGAUACUAACGUUAAAGAGAUUAGUCAACAAAAAUCGUCUUCGCAUCAUCACCAUCACCACCAUCAUCAGCUUGGUUUGGGCACAGGCGCUAACGCCAAAGCAGGGGACACGAAACCGAAGAAAUCUCCCAUCCAUGCAUCUAAGUUCGAGAGUACCACGAGUGACGAUGCUAGCAACUAUUCGGACAGCUCUAACAAACCGCAAUUAAAGAUAAAGUCUCCAGCAUUUAGCUUCGAUGAUGAGAACAGUAAACCAUCGGAUGCAGCGUUCUCCAUUUUCGGGGGUAAACCAUCGAUUUUUGACAAGAUAAAGACUUCACCGGCUAGUGUAUCGAGUCCACUGCAAAUGUCGCCUGUACAAGCGAUAGUUACACCGGUAAAGCAUCACUCAAAGCAUAAGAAGUCACGCAGUAAGGAGCGUAAGCGCCGUAGUUCCGAGAAAAAGCGAAUCGAUCAGAAGUGCUUACUGACUAGUGAACAUUUGGGUAAGGAGAAGACUCGCGUAUUGACCGCUAUGGGAGGCUUAUUCUACGCGGGAUGUCUAAGUGCCGUUCAACCUCCGGAUAUAUAUGCGGUAACUCUGGAUGGUGAACGAGGAAACCGUCCGCAUAUCAUGUCCCGGGAAGAGGUACUUCGUGAUGCGAUUCUUGAGGUUGCACCAAAGACGGUUGAUGAAAUUAUCCCUGGAACUCGUGUGUGUGCUUAUUGGAGCCAACAGUACCGGUGUUUGUAUCCGGGAGUUGCAGCAGAACCAACUUCGCCCGAUCCGGAGAAACGAUACGUGAACGUUGAAUUUGACGACGGAGACAACGGCAGAAUAGUCCUGGAGGACAUUCGUUUCCUGCUGAGUGACUAUCCGAUAGUUGAAUACGAUCCAAAUCCUCUUCUAUCGUUAGGCAAGAGAAAACGCCAACCGAGUGUUUCGGAGAUCAGUGCGGCAGGUACUACCGCUACCGUCGGAGUAACUAUGGCACCGAUGGCCAGCACAAGUACGACGAUAACGACUAACUGUUUUGCCGUUGUAAGCGAACGAACGGAGAAACGCGUUCAUGACGAUGCGUAUCGGGAGGAACGCAGGAGACUGAAGAAAAUACGCAAAGACAAACUGCGGAGGCUUGCGGCCAACAACGCAGAGCUCAGCUCCCACAAGCACAAGAAAAAGUCUAAAUGCAGUGACGAGUAUUGUAAACACCGGAAGCACAAGAAGCGAAGAAAGCACAAAAAACAUCAUCGCGAGAAUGAAAUCCCAUCAUCACCAGAGGCGGCUGCCAACGGGUCGAUGGACGACGACAUCUCGCAGGGCGAUAGUGCUUCCCGAGUUGCCGAACCGUUUAGUCCAGCAUCGGUUGACACCAGCGUUCCGGCCGAAAAACCAGACGAACCUGAAGUCUUCAAUCCCAGCCUCAAAGAGGAUACGAUGACCGAAGAGGAGGCCAGCUCCUCGAUUACCGAAAGUUCCGGAUCUUACUAUCAACCAAAAAAAUCUACGGAUAAACUGGAGAAGCGACAAUCGACAGAAAAUAACAGCAAAAUCGCUGCUUUCCUGCCUGCCCGGCAGCUGUGGGCCUGGUGCGGCAAAGGCUACCGUCGAUCGACAGGGCGCGUUAAGAAGCAGUUCUACAAAUCGAUUCAGCGGGGCAAGGAAACUAUUUCGGUCGGUGACAGUGCUGUAUUUCUUUCUACGGGCCGCCCAGAUAGGCCAUACAUUGGCCACAUCGAGUCCAUGUGGGAAACGUCCACCAACAACAUGGUAGUACGCGUCAAAUGGUUCUACCAUCCAGAAGAAACCGAGGGAUGUCCCAACCUGAAAUAUCCGGGCGCCCUUUUCCAAUCACCACACGAGGACGAAAAUGACGUUCAAACAAUUUCGCACAAAUGUGAGGUCCUAUCGCUGAAGGAAUACACCACAAAGUUCGGGUCCGAUCCGAAGCAGUACAGCGCGAUUUACGACAACAAUGACACCUACUAUCUGGCAGGCUACUACGAUCCAACGGUCAUCAACAUAAAAAUGCAACCGGAAAUCGAGGUUCUGCCGGGGGAUGAAAAAUGGGCCAAAACAAAUUAGAGGACUCAGUGAUUCCAGAGAGUUUGAUGCAAUUCUAGGACGUGCAAUUUCUUGGCAAACAAAAACUUUUGCAAUUUUCUCUUCCGAUUAUCGGCGCGUUCGCUUACGCGUAGGCUUGUUGUCCCCAUCGCUCGAGUUGGAGUUAUAUCUUAGUUGUUAAAAACAAUUCAAAGACUUCAAAGUGAAUCGUAGAGAGGUAGAUCCAAGCAGUUCUUGAAAAGAAUCUGUUCGCUAAAGCAACGCUUUCUAAAAGUGUCUAGAAUUAGGCUAUAAAUAUCUGUAAAUACUAUUUGUCGAGAUUAAAAAUACAUCAAACGAUUAUCUGUACAGUAGUUGUAAAUUUAAAUUAAAAUAUUAAAGUCAGCGCUCACAUAAUAUCAAGCAAACUCAAGAGAAUGGUAAUAUAUUUUUCUACUUGUUGAGAUUUAUAUACGCCUAACAUAGAAAAGACAAACUUAAGAGGAUACCGUAUCAGGUAACACCGAAGAGCUUUGGGAACGAAAUUCAAAAUACCUCUGCUAUACAUUAUUUCCUUAUCAAAAAUAAACGAUAUAAGAAGAAAAAAAAUCGAACUGAAAAGGAACUAUUUUGGAGUGAUAUUAGGGAGAACAAAAAAAUUAACAAUUGUAACACUUAAAAAAAAAUAACCCCUUUCGGCAACGCGCGAAUCUACAUUUGGAAACAAUUCCUUCCACGUAUUCAGCUAAUGUACAGCAGGGGUAAAACGCACAGCAAUCUGUGAAGUUUCACUUGGAAUUAUCGCUUGAUAAUCGGGCAAUUUUUUUCAACUUGAUCUCUUUCCAUCGUUAGUUGGUACAAUGAAAUCCGUUUCAGUCGUAGUAUUAUAAAACAUAUAUAGCUGCUGAAGCUUAGAGUAUAUAGAUUAAGUAUAUUACCAACUGUAGCAAAGUGGCUAUAGGCAGUGUAUAAUUUAUUCAAACCUUAACAGCACAGGUACACAUACUAGCGCUUCAUUGAGCGAUGGCUAACCAUCAAAUCAAUUUUUUCACGAAUCAAUAAAUAUAAGAAACUGACUCUGAUCGAUGGAUGAUGGCAAACACCUGCACCAGAUGACGGAAUAAAACGAGACAAACGAAACCCAGUGGCAAAAUUUAGUUAUAGAUUUAAUAAUCGUUCGUAUUUUGUUUUGUAUAAAUAUGUAACAGUAACAUUAAAAAAAAUAGUAUGAGUAAAAACGAUUAAAAUUCUGGACGAGCUUCUGCUAUGCUACAAGUUUAGCUUCUACAACGCUACGUUUAGCGCGCGUUUCUUCGCACCAAUACAGUUUUUUUGUGCAUGUUGAGUUGAUCACAUUUCUAGCGCUAAGUUAAGACUUUAUGUAUACUAAAUUCUGAACGGUAAUAAGGUUGUAUACUCAGAAGGAGAAGAAAAAUCAAAAUGUGCGGUUGGGUCGAAGCAUGGAGGCUGAGCGAAAGAAUGGUGUACGAAUGCAUUUAUGCGGCAGAUCAGAUCAACGAGAGAGCACGCUAAAAUGAUCCAUUUUAUUAAUAUUGGCCAAUCGGAGAACUAGUUAUUAGGUGUAUGUUUUUUAUGAUCAUGUAAUGUGUAAACUGGAUAUAAAAAUGGCCCAAAACAUUAA